AUUUGGCUGUCACCACAGCCCUGAGGUGGGGCCAACGCUGGCCCUGGCUGGUGAGACCAGGGCUCAGGGAGAAGAGACACCUUGCCCAAGUUCACCCCAAGCUAGGACUUGAGCCAAACUCUGCUGACUCCAGUGCCCAUACUCAGCCACUACAUUAUUGUUCCUGCUCCUGCCUCUGUGUUUAGCUGACCCCGUGCCAGGCGACAGGAAUCCAAAGAGGAGCUCUGCUUGUUACUGCAAAGUUCCAACAUGACCAGCUCCUAGCGCGUACCAGGUUCUGUGCUGCCCUGACCUCUGGGGUGACCCAGUCUGGGGAGGACCUCAGAGUAGGUCCCACAGAUAAUCAUGUGAUUAUACAUUAAUUAAGCACAGACAAUAGUGGAAUUAUACAUCAAUUAUAUAGAACAGAGAGAGGUGGAAAGCAGUCUGUCCUUGUCACAGUAGACUGGGCAAUAUUAGCCUGGACAAGUGAUAGGAAACUCCACCCACUAGCUGACUUUGGCAGAAGAGGAAUGGUGAUAAACUCAAGAUAUACUAGCUUCAGGCAUGGCUGGAUCCAGGAGUUCAGGGGCUCUUUUUCCCUUACCGUGCUUUCCACUAUGUUGGCCUCACUCUUGGAGAAUCUCUACUCUGCAGCUCUGGGAUGGCACAGCACCAGUAUCCCAUCAACAAAAAACAGAGCUUCUCUCUCUGGCGUUAAACUCAAGAGUUGUACUUCGUUGGCCCUCCCUGAGCCUGUCACAUGGCCCGCUGUAGCUGGAAUUUAUUGGUUGGCAGGGUCAGCGGGGAGAGAACUGGGAAGGAGAAUGAACCUUCUAGACUGAGCCUAGGGAAGGGGGCAGUCCUCAAAGGACCAAUGGGAAGAGAGAAGGGGAGGUUGAGCAGGUAAAAAUCAGCCAAGUUCCCCUGCAGAGUGACCUUGAAACCAAAGGUGGGCAAGAGCAGGCCAGAUCAAAAGGCAGAGGAGGGAAGCUGGGGUAGGAGGAGGAGCACAUACACAAAGUUUAAGGUGUUUGAGGAAAUAAGAUUAGCAAUGUGGGGGUGGGGAGGGGCCCCACCACUCCAGGGCCACAUGGUGGCUCCAGUGAUGGGUUAGGAUCUCUGUUCCAGGCUGGGAGAGGGGCAGAUAGAUGUUGAAGUGAUGUGAUUUGUGUUUGAAAAAGCUUGAGCUGCCAAGAGGCCAAGACGGCAGAUGCCCUCCUCCUCGAGUCGCCUCCCCGGGCUCCCAUCCCCACUCCACAGGAGCCCUGUCACCUCACCUCCCAUGUGCCCCCUCCGCACCUCCCAAAGUGUCCCCCACACCGCUAUCUGCUCCUAUGCACCUCCCCACGUGCUCCCUCCCACAGGGUCCCUCCCGCCUCACCCACCCCUUCCUUCACAGGCCCCUCCCGUCGCCCCUCACACUUCACACCCCUUGUGUCAUCUCUGGCCCUCCAGGCUCCUCACCUGGGAGCAGGGCGCGUGAUGGUGGUAAAAAUAGGUAUGACAGUGUGUGAAGUGGUGGGGGAGAGAGGUGGGCGGCUGAGCCCCUGCACUAGAGAAGGUGCCAGCCUCUGGAGCCCUGGAGCCUGGUUCAGAGCCCCGCCUCUUCCCCCUCAGUGGCCGGCACUGUCACCGGGUCUGGGAGGCCCCUUGCUCAGGUUCUUGCUCUCUAGCGUCACCUCAGUCUGGCUUAUACUCAGCGAACCAAAGCAGGAGGAGCAGCUCACAGAGCAGUCCUGGCUGCCACCCAAGACCCCCAUCAGCGCCCUCAGGGAUGCCUCUUCACCCUGGCUCCUUGGCCCGCCACGUUCCCCCCGUCCCCAGCCUGUGGGGGCUUCUCUGAGUCCCUGGCCCCAUGUCCAAGCCCCCAUGGCAGGCACUGCAGCGGUGAGCCGGGGGCGGCCACGGCGGGUGAGCAUGCGGGAGCACAUGGCCAUCGACGUGAGCCCCGGCCCCAUCCGGCCCAUCCAUCUCAUUUCCGACUACUUCCCGCAUUUCUACCCCUUCGCUGAGCAUACCCUGCGCACUCCAGAGCCACACCCUGCAGUGACCCCCACACCCCAGCCAGAGCCUGACCCAGAGCCAGAGGGAGAUUCAGACGACAGCACUGCCCUGGGGACCCUUGAGUUCACACUUCUUUUUGACGCGGACAACAGCGCCCUGCACUGCACAGCUCACCGUGCCAAGGGUCUCAAGCCACCGGCCUCAGGCUCUGUGGACACCUAUGUGAAAGCCAGUCUACUGCCAGGGGCCGGCAAGGCCAGCCAGCUGCGGACCCGUACGGUUCGGGGCACAAGGGGGCCUGUCUGGGAGGAGACACUCACCUACCAUGGCUUCACCCGCCAGGAUGCUGGGAGGAAGACUCUGCGGCUAUGUGUGUGUGAGGACCCACGGCUGCGGCGACGGCGGCGGGCGCCUCCCCUGGGGGAACUGCGGGUGCCCCUGAGGAAGCUGGUGCCGAACCGAGCCAGGAGCUUCGAUGUGUGUCUGGAGAAGCAGAAGCUGACCAAGAGGCCCAAGAGCCUGGACACAGCCCGUGGCAUGUCCCUGUAUGAGGAGGAGGAGGUGGAGGCAGCAGGGGAGGAUCGGGGACGUAUCCUGCUGUCCCUGUGCUACAGCUCUCGGCGGGGCGGCCUGCUGGUGGGUGUGCUGCGCUGUGCCCACCUCGCCCCCAUGGAUGCCAACGGCUACUCGGACCCCUUUGUCCGCCUUUUCCUGCAUCCAAAUGUGGGGAAGAGAUCUAAAUACAAGACUAGUGUUCGGAAGAAGACCCUGAACCCCGAGUUCAAUGAGGAGUUCUUCUAUGCAGGCCUAAGGGAGGAGCUGGCCCAAAAGACACUGCUGGUGUCUGUAUGGGACUAUGACCUGGGCACAGCUGACGACUUCAUUGGUGGGGUACAGCUGAGUAGCCAGGCUGGCGGGGAAUGCCAGUGGCACUGGUGUGAAUGCCUGGGCCGCAGCGAUCACCGACUGGAGCUGUGGCACCCGCUGGAUGGCGCGUCCCUCCAGCUCAGCGACUAGAAGGGGUACCCGGCCUGGCCCUGCUCACCACCCUCCCUAAAACUGACCCGUAGGCUGGGAGGACCUAGAGCUGCCUCACCCACUAUACCGAGCCACACGUCAAAUUGUUUGUUUUCCUGCCCACCCUUCCCAGUUCAUCCCACCGCCAAUCACAAAGCAAGAAUAAACCUGCAGACCAGA